UUUUGGGUCAAAAGGUCAAGGUCACUAUUGCCUUGAAAUUGAAAGCAGUUUCCGCAGGAUAACUAAAGUUCCAUUUUGCCCACAUUUUCAAACUUCAUAGGAUGAUUGUCCAUAUUAGAUAGAAGACCCCUAUUGAUGUUGGGGUCACAAGGUCAAAGGUUAAGGUCAUUAUUAAUAACCUAAGCAUUAAUCAACCUACAGCUGUAAAAUUCUAUAGGAUGAACAGCUAAUUCCCAUGUCUUACAAAUGCUUCAUCCUUACUAAAAAGAACAAAACACUUUCAAGCAUAUAAUGCUCCGCCUGGCUGUGCUUUUGUUACACUAUGUCAGAAAAGAAUCCCCUUCAAAUUCUAUUAAAAAUCAACUUAAAGUAAUUUGUUUGAUUUGUUAGACUUAAUUAAAAAAUAUACUAGCUAUUGAUUUCAGUGGUAGGAAAAUCACAAACUAUUGAAACCACUGGUGAGUAGUGUAAUGAGUAAAUGUGAAAAAAAAUACACUAAAAUACAAAAUAACAAUAAAAAUGAAUUUUGCCUUAAAAGGACGCAAAACUCCCCUUCUUUAGGGUGUGGGUACCUGUCCCCUAAAGGUGUCUAGUGCCCUGCAUUCACUCUAGGCAUAAUAGUUUGUGCUUUUGAAUUUUUAUUAUUUAAAAACCAACAUUGUUGCUUUCAGUCAGUACAUAUAUAUUGCAUGGAGAUAGAUAAUCACCACUCUGUGCUUCGAAAAAAGCUUUUUAAGAGCAUGACUGGUGACAUGUUUGGGGUCUAUACUUCACAGCUGUGGCAUAUAAAAUUGUCUAAGUAUUCAUGUGACAAGAGCACAGCUAUGAAAUAAACAUGCUUAGUUUUGGACAAAUGUUAUAAAUGAGUAUCCUCUCUGACUGUUUAAACAUUAUGUUUGAUAACUUUAAAUUUUAUGUACUUAAAACAAAUUUGUAUUCGAGAGAUAAUGCCACGCCUAUGCGGUGCUUUUGUUUUGUUUGGCCUCAUCUUAUUUUCUCUUGUUUUGUUUGGCCCAAUUUUAUUUUCUCUUGUUCUAUGUUUUACAAUUGAUGGAAGCUUUCAUUAACCAGAUGUAUCAAUUUCAGGUGGUUCAAAAAUGCGUCACAGACGAAAUGAAUUUAAUGAUGGAAGAAAGCAGUAUGGAGAUAAAAGGAGAGGAAACACGUACAAACCUUGGGAUCAGCAUAUGUACAGGGAACAUUUGCCAAGGGACAGAUAUUCUAGUAGCAACAUUAAUGAAGAUAGACAGUCUUCUGAAGCAAGAUAUUCAGGAAGUUUAUCUGGAUUUGAUUGUGGACUUGGGAAACUUACUGAGUAUAAGGAGUACCUGAAUAACAAGUAUUGUGACACUUCAGUAAAUGUUUGUAAUAAGUUAGAUAUUGCUGGUAAUAUGCAAAAUCCUAACAUAGACAUGAACAGAGACAUGAACAAUCUAGAUACAAGAGACAAGUUUAAAAAUACAAUGCCUGUUCAAAGGUCUGACAUUCCGAAUGAUGUUAACAAGUUACAGUAUAAUCAGUCAGUUCAUUCUAAUUAUCAAAAUCCAGAUGUAAUUGAGAAAAACAAUUUACAAAGUGAGUAUGUCAAUAAUUAUGAUCCAAGAAGUUUCGGAAGAAAUGAUGUAUUACCUAAUCAAUCAAGGUUCAACUAUGGAGUUUCAAAGUCAAAAGAACAAAAAGACUCUUACGAAUUCAAGGAGAGACAGUCUGAUGCAUUAUCAAACCAUGGUCCAUUUGAAAAAGGAAAUGUGAAUUGGAAAAGAAACGAGUCUGAUAAAUAUUUAGAUUUGCAAAGACAAAACAGUGAUUAUUUUAGAAAAGAUAGAACCAAUACUGAUCAUGUGCACCAAAAUUACCCGCUUCAAAAAUUUCAUCAUACAGACUUUUUUGCAAACAACAGUAGAGUGCAUUCUCAUGAUAAAUUUGAUAAAUUUCAUCAAGAUAGAGUACAAGUCCCUGAUACUACACAACCAAGGACAAACCAAACUUUUGGGAUUAAAAGUUCUACUUUUAAUUUAAAUUUGAAUCCAGCAGUUAGAGAUGAAAAUUAUCAGAGGUUGCCAUUAGUCCAGGAGGCACCAUAUUUUGUUAGCAGUGUUGCUAAUUUUUCUCAGCAUGGAGAACAGGUUUGGAAAGAGGUUCAACCACCAGUGUCAAGAAAUGGCUUUGAAAUAUUUCAGAGCAUCAAUAGGUCAGAGAAAUGUUUAGGUUCAAUUCAAGACACACCAGUGCCUGAAAGCUUGCCUAUAUGCAGAAGACCAAAAGACUCUUUUAGAGGUUAUCACUCUCUAAAUGCUGCUGACAGUGAAGAUAGCAUACAUCAAUCCACAGAGAGUAUCCAUCACUUAUUUGUGAGAAGUGGAACAUCACUACCUAUACAGCUUAAUAUUGAUACAAAUAUACAUGCUCCCCAAAUUCAUACAAAUAUAAUUCAAGAUGUGUCGAUGAUACCAUUACCAUUACCACCACCACCGCCACCACCUCCUCCACCUCCUUCAGCACCUUGUUAUCCUCAACAACAAUUAGAAGACAGUUCUAAUUCUACUACAUCAACUUUCGCAAAGGACAAAUUAACAAAUAAAUCACAAACCAAAUGUCCAGUUGCUACCUCUGUUAAUGUAGUGUCAUCAACAUCAACAGAUGAGGUUUCUUCAGCUGUAGAUAAACAAAACAAGGCAGAGGAAUUAAGGACAACUAGUGCACUUCCUAUAGAAAAUAAGGAAAUGAAAGAAAACUUGUCACAUCAGGAAAUGUUCAAGGCAAAAUAUUUUCAAGAAACCUGUAAUGAAGACUUUAAAGGUUCAAACUCUCCUGUCAAUGAGGAGUCAAAUGAAAGUAUGAAUAAUGACACUGUUUUUAAAAAAAGAUGUGAUCAGUCAAGAGAAUGUAAAAGUAGAUUUGACAGUGAUCAAAUAGAUGAAUUAACAAUAGAUAAAAGAAAUCCAAUUCCUGCAUCUGAAAUUAAAGGGAAUUCUAAUGGAGAUCAGGUUAAGAUACAUGAUAGAAAUACAGUAGUGAACAUUGAAGACAAGAAACUUGAAAAUAGUUGUGGAAAUAAUAUACAACAUCAAAAUAAGGAAGAUGCAAAUGAUAAACAAUACAAUAAAAGAACUAUUUAUAAACAUGGCCUGAGACAACACCAGAAUGGUAGAUUUUUUUCAAACUUAAAUGAACCAUGGAAAACAAAUGCAAAGUUUCAUAGACCAUGGCAGGUUGACCAUCGGAUGAAUGGACAAUACAGAUUCAAACAACAUAACACAAAUCGGCCAAUAAUACGACAAUCAUAUAAGAGAACAAGAAAUGAAAAUCAGAGAUUAUCUGGUCUAGGGAUACAUACCUAUAUUCGUCAUAGAGAUAACCAGAGUAACAGACACCCAAUCUCUUCAGACUAUUUUAGGCCAUGGGAGAAGCAGGGGCAGAUACAAUGUGACAUUACUGAUGAUAAGAAUGGUAAUAGGGAUCAAAUCAACACUAGCAAAUCAAUUUGCUCAUCUUUCUUUUCAACAGAUCUUUUUCCUAUCAGUGGAAAUGAAGAGUUUUGGACAAGUCCUACAGAAAUAUAUGGAUCUGACAAAAAUAGCAGAUUUUGGACAAAUAAGGAUUUAAAUACUGUGAAAUAUAAGAGGCGUUAUCAUGAUAAAGAUAAAAACAUUUCAUCUGAGAAAAAAGAAGAGAAAAGCGAAGGAAAGAAAUGUAUCACUAAAAUGGAUGAUGAAGAGAAAAUUAAAGAAGUGUCUGUAAGUACCAUAAAUGCUGCUGCAAAGAGUCAGGAAGGAAAUAAUACAGAUUCACAAGAAACUAAAAACCUGUCAUCAGAUGAUCUGUAUAAAAAGAAAAGACAAGAGAGAUAUAAUCAUGGUCAUCUAUUCACAGAGAUAAUUGCAGUAAAAAAUAGACAUGAUAAAGACAAGAAAUUUAGAGAUGAAAAAAAUGGAAUUGAAAGCAAUAGCUGUAAAGAUAUAAAUGCUGUGAGCACUAAAACAUCUCAAAAUUUUAGCAAGUCAAUAUUUGGCACUUCAAAAGGUUUAAAGAACUUAAGUCCACCAAGUACUGUAGCUAUGCCUAUUCUUUCAAUACUUGAGAGUGCAAUUUCAAAAGUUACUUCAAAAGGUCUGUCUAAAGUCGCUAAACCAGAUAUAUCAUUGGAGAACAAAUUGUUAAAAUCAGGAUUAAGUCAUAAAACAAAGCUAGGUACAUACAAAAUACCUUACUUAACAGAUAGUAAAGAAGACACAAAAAAUGACAAGAAAGUGAGAUUUAACAUGUCUUUAGAAGUGAAUGUUGAUGAAUGUAGAAGAAGUUCAACCAAGCAAAAGGAUACAUCAAGCAAAUUUAUGACUGAUAGUAAAAUAAAGAAUAAUAAGAAGUGUCUGAAAGCUGAAAAAAGAAGUCCUGACAACUUGAAAAAACAUAGAUUAAAAUCAGGUAAAGAAGCCAAGACAACUGUCUACAUGAAAAAAUUGCAUCCAAAAUUGAGACAUAAAAUUGCAAAGUCUUGUGAGGUUUCAAAAGAAAUUGAGGAUAGCAUUGCUGUGACAGGAGGUAAUAUUGAACAAAUGUCUACUGAAGGUGAAGAAAUGUAUACAAAAAAUAAUAAAAGUCAAACACAAGACAAAGUCGAAGAACAUCAGCUGGAGAUCACAAGGAAUAAAUCCUCACAUAUGACACGAGGUAAAUUUGUUCUUUUUACGCCAAAUACUUUUAAAGUUAAAGAAACAUUAAAAACAAAUCAGAAAGAGAAAACCUCUGAAAACUCGACAUAUCGCAGUGAUACAUAUGCAAAAGAAAAUUUGGACAAAGCAGUGCUUUCUGCCAAGAAACAUUUGUUAAACAGAGCUUUGGCAAUGGAGGCAUUGACCAGGGAUAAAACUAAACCUUUAGUUGAAGCAAAACAGUGUCAGAGAAAGUCUUUGAUCACAUCAGACACGGGAAGAGAGGAGCAGAAGCAUCUUGCAGAAACGUAUCUUACUGAUUUUGGGGAAAAUGUGUCUGAUAGAAUUGACAAAAGUAUUGGAAAAGAUGACAAUAAUAAUGAAAAAAACAUGCUUGAAAAUCCAGAAGAGGCUAGUAAAUAUUCUCCUUUAAAGCUUGAUCCUCCUUCAACUGAGUAUAAACCACAGAGAACUCUGAUAGGAAACUAUGCAACACAAUGUUUAUUUGGCCCAAUUGUCUCUUCAACAUACUACAAGAGACCAGGUAAAGCUAGAGUUACAAGGAAUUCUAAAGAAACAUUCACUGGCUAUUUAGGAUGCCAUGCAGGUUCAAGUCAAAAUGACAAAGUAGACUUAAAUCAAAACAUACAUAAUAACAUUUGUGACAAUAGUAAAGAUGAAUCUUGUAAUGUACAACAGAAUUUUACUAACAGUACAUCUGUAGCAGAAACAUCUCCCUUAAUUGAUGUUGUAUCAGUCAAGAGCAAUGCAUCACCUUGUGGAUUUGGGAAUUUUUCAGGAAAAGACUUUGAUAUGAAUAAUGAUGAAGUAAAGGAUAAUAUUGAUGUUGUAUCAGUCAGUUGCAGUGCAUCACCAUGUGGACUGGGGAAUUUUUCAAGAAAAGACAUUGAUACUAACAAUGAAGAACUAAAGGACAAUAUUGCAUUAGGUGAAUUUGAAAAUGUAGCACAUAUUGGAAUAAUAGAUUACCCUAAAAACUCAUGUGCCAAUAUUGCUGAUGUUUCAGAUUUAGAUUUUGAAAAGGGAAAGAAACAACUUUCUGAGAGUGUGAAUGAUUAUCAAAGACAAAAUUCGUAUGCACAACAUUCAAGCAAUAUAUAUUCUCCACCCAUCCAGUCAGUAUGGCUUAAUAAAUACUUGUGCGCUAAACAGGAGCUUGUUGAUACAUUAAAAUCAUGUCAAAAUGUAAGCUCUCCCCCAACCUCUACACUGAUGACUACCUCUAAAAAUAGUGAGAUGUUACCUGUCUGUAGUAGUACACCUGUCCACAAUUCUGAUGCAAUUGGUAUGAGCCCAAUCCUAACUAUAGACUUUGAGCACAAGUCUCCUGGAAAUUCAGUUGCUAAUACAAGUAGUACUAGUGAGUUACAGUAUGAAACAUCACAUGAGGAGAUUGAAAUGUACAGGAAUUAUCAAUUAAGCAGAGGUGUAUCAUAUUCUGAUAGUGAUGUACUUAGGUCUCCAAAUAUAGGAACAAAUGACUUUACUGAACGGAAAACAGGAGUGAUUAAUCAAAAUUCAAUUGACGUUGAAACAUUAGAAAAUGAAAACUGUUACGUUCAAAAUACAAUGUGUGUGUCUGAGAAAAAUGCUGCAGAAUCAAGCUCAGAAAUACCAUUUACUGGAAAUGGUUUUGAAAACAGUGCAGGGAACUUUGAAUCUCAAUUUAUUGAAGAUAGUAUCUCAGAUGAGAAGUCUGCAUUUCAGAAUUCAGAAGGAAAUAUUGAUUUACAACAGAAAAGAUGUGAAAAUAUCAAUAUUGUUGAAGAUUUUCUUGAUACAUCAAAGAACAUAUUUGAAGAUCUAGUGACUGAUAUCCUUACAGAUGUAGAACUGAUGUCAAGUAUACCAAUUACUACUCCAGACCUGGCUAAUGAGAACACUAAUGCAUCAAUUGAGUUUCAAAAUUCUUCUACAGACAGUUACCAGUAUCAGUUUUAUUCCCCAGAGAAUGGAACAUUGUCUCAAAUGCCAUCAUGUGAAGAGGAACACCAUUAUGGGCACUGUAACCAAACUGAUGCAAAAACAGACAGUGGAACUGUCUUUAAAUCAGCCAGAGCACCUACUCCUCUCAGACAAAGCAGAAAGCCUAGGUUUGAAAAGAGGUUUCCGAAACCACUGCCUAGAGCUAAACCACAGAAAGCAAUAAAUGCUGAAAGGAGUUUGUAUGAAGCUGCUGAGAGAUUUUUGGGAGAUUUUGACCACAAGAACAAAAGAUCAUGCUGUAAAGUAAACCCCGAAGUUAUGAAUAAUACAGAGUCGGGAAAGAUGGAGUCUGUCAAGGUUAAUAAAAAUGAGGAACAAGGGAAGAAAACUAUUGGGAAUGACAAGAUUCCUAAUAACAUGUGCAGUGAUAAAACAAAUGAACAGAUUAAACAGUUGGACAAACCAUGUGAUGUUAGUGACAAUGUAACAAAGAAAAUGUCUAUAAAAUUGAAAAAUAUGGAUUCUGAAGUACCAGUUGUUACUCGACAACAAGUAGCUAUGAAAAAGUUGAUAUUGAGAUCUAAAGGGCAGAUGAAAAUAUCAAAGCAAAAUGUACAUAAAUAUUACAAAAGCGCAUCUAAAAAGAGACAGAAUCUCCUGAAGGGAGUAUAUAAAUCGAGAGAAAAGAAUUUGGGAGACAACAGAAUUCCAAGUAUCAGACUAAAAGCAAGUAAGAAAUUGAAUGGAAAGGGAAAGAUUGCUGUAGAAAAAUGGAAAAAAAUCACCCCAACAUCUAGUGCAAAAGAACAUACAAAAGAGAAACAACAUAAAUUCCAUUCAAAACCUGAUUCAGAUGAAAAGUUUAAGGAUGCUUUCAUAAAAGAUGAAAAUAAAUUGCUAAAAUUGAAUAAGCAUAACAAAGGUAAACAUACUGCCGAGCAUCUGCAUAAAGAAUCACCAAGUCCUGUUCAUGAAAAUAAAAUAAAGAAUAAGUCUGUCAAACAUUCUACAUCAUUUAAUACCUUUAAAAAAGGAGAAAGUAAGAAGUCCAAUGAAAAAUAUGUUCGAGACUAUCCUGGUGUCUCUGAAAAAGGAAAGGGCAAAACAAAUACUGAAUCCAAGAAAAACAAGAGUAGCACAGUGGCUAGUUCACCUAAUAACCAAAGCAUGAGAUCAGCAAAAGCAGAUAUGGAUAGAAAAGUGAAGGAUAUAAUGUAUAAACAGACCUGUAGACUGUGUAGCUUCUCUUGUUACAGUGUAAUGGACAUGAAGCUUCAUUACAGCAGAAAACAUGAAAACUGGUGUCAUAGAUGCAAAAUACAGUUUAAUGAUAAGGAGUCAUGUCGUUACCAUAUAAGUCAAAACCAUAAUGCAGAGGCAUGGUGUGAUGUGUGUGGCUCCCUGUUUUGUCAUAAAGCUAGCUUUGAACGGCAUCUUAGAUCUCAGGUCCAUCAUGAGAAUCUAAAGUUUGUUAAUUACAUUAAGAACGGAAGUAAAAGAAAAGAAACUGUUUCAAUCAGCGAUGAUGAUGAUGACAAUUCUGUAGAAAUAGUGGCUGUGUCUAAAAAUGUUUAUGAUACAAAGAGAUUGGAUAGCAUUGGACCAGGUAAGCAUAAAAAAUUAAAAACGACAGAUGACAAAAGCCCUACAGUCGAUCUCAAUUUAAAGAAACAAACUAGCUCAGAGUAUGUUGAAAUAUCCGAGGAUGAUGUGGAAACAAAGAAAGUGAGGCAAGUGAAAUAUUGUGCAGUUUGCAAACAAUACUAUAGGAAAAUGAGUGCUCAUUUGAAGACGAAGAAACAUGAUGAUAUGCUGAAAGAGAAAUUGAACACCGUGAAUCCAGAGGAUGAUAGUUGCUCUGUAUAUUACUCUGACAUGGAAGAUAUGUCCAUUCAUAUAGAUGAUGACACUCAGGAUGAGGAUGACAUGGAAAUGACAGAUAAUAUGUCUCACAGCUCGGACAAGUCCGUUGUUAUUGUAUCUGACCAUGAUGGCAAUUUUGAGUAUGAAUCCGAUGAAUGCAGGGCAAUUCCAAGUGAGGAGGAUGUUACAAUGUACAUGAAGCCUGGUCUGCCAGUUAAACAUGCUGAUUACAGUUCACAUGCUAAAAUAAAGCAGGAAACUGACGGAGAUCAAGGGUCACAAAUUCAACGCAGGAUCAGAGAUAGUACUUCAAGGUUGAAAGGCGUUGAUGGAAAAAGAGAAGGUAGAAGUACAAAUGUCCCUAUUGUGGUUUCUACUUGCAAGAAAGAGAAAUGUAGUCCAACACUUUUAGUACGAAAUAUAGCGGCUGAUUUGAUGUGUAAAGAUGAACCUAUUGAUGACAGACAGAAUAUCUUUGAGAGUGUAAAACAAAAGUAUUGCAAUAUAUCGGGAUCUAAGUCAAAGAAUGAAUCUAAUGAUGAAUGUUGUAAGAGAAAUGAGUUAGUUAAAAAUAUUUCAAAUAUUAAAGAUAUAAAUAAAGUGGAAGAAAGCAAUGAGGAUAGAAUAGAUAAUGAUGCUGGUAUGUCAGAUGAAGUUGAUUUAUAUAGAGAUAUGAAAGAUGAGGAUGCUGAUGACUUUGAAAUAUUAUCAGGCACUGACUAUGAAGUGACAGAAAAUCCUUUGUUUCAUGAUGAUGUGAGUAUGGAUCAAGACUGAAAAACAGAAAAUAAUAAUACUUGAUUUGAGAAGUGAUGAAGUUUGUAUUAAGGUUUUAAAGUGGAAGAAGUUUUUAGUUUAUUCAGUUGAUUGGAUUUUGUUAACAUUUAUUGAAACCAAAAUAUCUUGGUAAGGUACUCUGAAGGUACAGUACUAGAUUAAAAUAGUUUUCAAUUGAGCAUUUGUUAAGUUAUAGUAUUGAUAUGUGAAACGAGAUAUAUUUGUUUGUGUUACUUUAUAUACUUGUAUGUGUUAUGAUAUUAAGACAAAAGUAUGUCAUAUUUUUGCACAUAGAAGAAACUGUGAUCUAACUUUGUGAUAUAAUUUCAAGUUUUAUUUUGUUUUUGGUUCUGUAAAAUUUUAGUUGUAUUAUUUGUUUUCAAAUAUAUUAUCACUGUUUUGUUGUCAUUUAUUCUUAAGUUACUCAUCACUGAUUUAACUUUGUUUUAGCCUUGUUUAUUUUUGGGGGAAAAGGGGGAGGUACACUGUUAGCAGAAAAAUAUUGCUGAUCUUGUUUUGGAAGUAUUUCUGUUCAUCAUUCUGUUCCUGAAUGAUAAGAUCAAGUUUAUUUACUGCUCCAUUUCAGGCUUCUUUAAACUAAAUAGAAAGCAAAAUAAAGAUAAAAAAACAUUACCUCUAAAAUAAAUGUGUGGAUGGAGUUUAUUCUAUUUAUAUUGAUAGGUAUAUAUAAAAAGUUGCUUUCAAAAAACAUUUUAGACUGCUUUAAGCACUUAAAAAUUACUUUAAAAAUGUAAUUAUUACAGAUUUGUUUUCUGCUAUUUUUUUGUUACUUUAUUAAAGAAUAUCUUCUGAAAGUUUUUAUCCUUUUAAAACCUCUCAAAAACAGGAGAUCUGGGGAGGUCACAGUUAUGCAUCAUUUGUGAAAAUGUGUUUUAAUGGUUAUGGAUUACCAAGUAAAUAUGGUGGUUAGAUCGGAUUCACGAUUAUUGCCAGAGACUUUCAUUGUUUACUACUUAAAACUUUAAUUGUACCAUUGUUUAAACCAAACUAAAGAACAAGGCAUUUCAUCCAAGAUAACGCUUUAUGUCUUUAUUAUAUAUAAGGUUGGUAAGAUAAGUGGAUGUUAAGGUUCAGGUAAGAAAAGUAAUUGUUAUGGUUGGUAAAGAUAAAUGGUGUAAAGGUUGGUAAGCUAAGUGCUAUUCUUACUGUUGUUGUUUUUCCCCGAUAAUGUUUUAUAUAUUGUUAUACAGUUUGUACAGCAUAUUUUAUUUUUAGGAAUUUCCAUAUUUGUUCAGUUUUGAUUUUUAUGUUUAUUCAUAUCACAAGAAUGGUUCUGUCUAAAUAUUGUUUUUCUUGUUGUUUUAUAUAUGUACAUAUAUUUGAUAUGAUCACUGGUUGACAAAAAUUGUGCAAUGACAAUAAGGUGGAAAAUCUGUAUUAUUGGUCAUCCUAAACUGUUACCUUGGUUAUAGAUUAUUUGCAUUGAAAAGCAUUUGAUGACCUCAUAACUGAUAUUGAAUUAUCAAUUACUGAGGCAUAUGUUGCAUGGAGUUGUGUAUUUGACAAAAGGUAAUAAGUUGAAAAAAAUCAGAAAAUUGAACUAUAUAUAACACUAUUAGAAAUUUUGCUGAAACAGCUUUUAAAUUAUUGAAAUAUUUUAUAAGGGAAAUUUAUAUUGACUGGUCUAAGGUGCUGUCCAUUUUAGUAUUUUGUAAAAAUAAUACAGGUUUUAGUCUUUUCAAGUAUGUACAGUUAAUUAAUGAUAAUAUUGAAAUUGCUAUGUUGUCCAGUAAUGCCAUCUAAAACUGUUAAACUGACAAUAACUUAGGUAAUUGAAAGAUUUGAUCAUAUCAUCAUUUGCUUGUUGGUUGAAAAAAAAAUGUUCUGUGCACCUGUUUAGAAUAUGUUUUACUUGUGAUUUUCAAAUAUUUUAAUGGAAAAAAAAGAAAGAAAAUAAAACAAAAAUUGUCCACUUUUUUCCAAGAUAGUUUUUACUCAGUUGUAGAUCUAUGAUAGAGAAUAACAUGACAUUGUUUAUUUAUUAAAGCAGUCCCCUUUUCAUUGACAAUCUCUUGGUAUUUGAAGAAUGUGUUCAGACAAUUUGAAUAAGUUAUACAUCUAUGUUAUUGUAGUUUACAGAAACCAAAAAUCUUGUUAGAGAAUUCUUAUGAAGAAAAUACUGUUAGAAUUCUUUGAAUAACUACUUGUACUGUGUUUUGUCUUGGAUAACCUCAUUGUUUUCAAAUAAUACAGGAGCAUAAGAUUUCAUAAUUUUAUUCACAUUUGAAGGGAGAGUUUGUCAUGGAAGGUAUCAUACUGAUUUAUUCUAUACAUAUAUUACAUAUAUAUUUUGUAUGUAUUUGCACAUUGUUUUGAUAUAUUGAUGCAGGUAGCAUAAAGUAUUUAGAUAUUGUUAAGUGUUUUGUUUCUUUUUUUAAGUUUUGAAAUUUUUGAUGUUUUACUUUUUAUAUAUUUUAUCUUUAAGCAAGAUGCUUCAUAACAAAUAAAAGUUUUAAACAUUA